CGGUGAAUGCCAGUGCCCCCGCCUGGUGGUUGAGGGGCGGGGACUCGGGGAACUGUGGAUGGGAGCGGGUUAGCGGAGGCGGCGAGGAGCGGAGCCCGGAGCGCCGGGAUAAGCAUUGGACACUUUUUCACCAUGCUGGCGGCAUUUUAAAUAUAUUUGUCAAUUUUCCCAAAUUUUAACUGAAGAAAACCUCCAGAGUUUAUAUUUGAGGAGUAAAGUGUGACUGCCAGUGAAUCAGGCUGGACUGCUUUGUAAUUAAAAUGACUGAAGAUUGUUUCAAUUUUACUCUUUUAUGAGGAUAUAUAUUCAUCACAACAGAUGAAAACUUUGAUUUAGACGUUUAGCAUGGAAUCAAGAAGGACUUUAGAGAUUAUCUAAUCUUAAAUUUUACCUGUUAGGAAACUCAAUGCCAGAGCAAGCUUUCAAGAUGAAUCUGGAAAAACUCAGCAAGCCUGAACUCCUAACACUAUUCAGCAUUCUUGAAGGAGAGCUUGAAGCAAGGGACCUUGUUAUAGAAGCUUUAAAGGCCCAACACAGAGAUACUUUCAUUGAAGAACGCUAUGGAAAAUAUAAUAUCAGUGAUCCUUUAAUGGCUCUACAGAGAGACUUUGAAACACUGAAGGAGAAGAAUGAUGGCGAAAAGCAGCCAGUCUGCACAAACCCACUGUCUGUCCUCAAGGUGGUGAUGAAGCAGUGCAAGAACAUGCAGGAGCGCAUGCUGUCCCAGCUGGCAGCUGCUGAGAGCAGGCACCGGAAGGUGAUCCUAGACCUUGAGGAAGAAAGGCAGAGGCACGCACAGGACACCGCAGAAGGAGAUGACGUCACCUACAUGCUAGAGAAGGAGAGAGAGCGGCUGACGCAACAGUUGGAAUUUGAAAAAUCCCAAGUAAAAAAGUUUGAAAAAGAGCAGAAGAAGCUCUCCAGUCAGCUGGAAGAGGAGCGUUCCCGCCACAAGCAGCUGUCCUCCAUGCUGGUACUUGAGUGCAAGAAAGCCACCAGCAAGGCAGCCGAGGAGGGACAGAAGGCCGGAGAGCUGAGCCUGAAACUGGAGAAGGAGAGGAGCCGGGUGAGUAAGCUGGAGGAAGAGCUGGCAGCUGAGAGGAAGCGUGGCUUACAGACCGAGGCCCAGGUGGAGAAGCAGUUGUCGGAGUUUGAUAUCGAAAGAGAACAACUGAGAGCAAAACUGAACCGAGAAGAGAACCGGACCAGAACCUUGAAAGAAGAGAUGGAAAGUUUGAAGAAGAUAGUGAAGGACCUAGAAGCUUCUCACCAGCCUAGUAGUCCUACUGAGCAGCCGAAGAAACCGGUAACCGUGUCUAAAGGCACACUGACCGAGCUUCCCGUGCUCGUGUCUGUAUUCUGCCAAACGGAGAGUUCUCAGGCAGAAAGAGCCCAUGCAAGCAACGUAGCCAAGGCGACAAGUACUGGGCUGCCUGGUCCCACCACGCCUACAUACUCCUAUGCAAAGACCAAUGGCCAUUUUGACCCAGAGAUACAAACUACCAAGGAGUUGGUUACAGGCAGCAGUGUAGAAAACCAAGUGCCUCCACGAGAGAAAUCUGUGGCAUUGGCCCAAGAGAAAACAGUGGAGAAUGGCGGUUCUCCGGUGGGAAUGGAGAGUCCUGUGCCAAUGCCCGGUCACCUGCCUUCUAGUGCGAGCUCACUGUCUCCCUGCAGCACUGCCUCCUCCUCUCUCUCGUCUUCUCCUUGCUCUUCCCCAGUACUAACUAAGCGUUUAUUGGGGUCAUCAGCCAGCAGCCCCGGCUACCAGUCAUCCUACCAAGUAGGGAUCAACCAGCGGUUCCAUGCAGCUCGGCACAAAUUUCAAUCCCAAGCAGAUCAGGACCAACAAGCCAGUGGCCUGCAGAGCCCUCCAUCCAGGGAUCUGUCCCCCACCCUCAUAGACAACUCUGCCGCCAAGCAGCUGGCCCGAAACACGGUCACUCAGGUGCUCUCCAGAUUCACCAGCCAACAAGGGCCAAUCAAGCCCGUCUCUCCCAACAGCUCUCCCUUUGGCACAGACUAUCGCAAUCUGGCCAACACUGCCAACCCAAGAGGUGACACCAGCCAUUCACCCACUCCAGGGAAAGUGUCCAGCCCUCUGAGUCCCCUGUCUCCAGGGAUCAAGUCUCCUACCAUCCCCAGAGCUGAGAGAGGAAACCCCCCACCCAUCCCACCCAAAAAACCUGGCCUCACUCCUUCUCCAUCCACUACCACCCCACUGACCAAAAUUCAUUCCCAGGCGUCCUCUUUGACCACCACAGAAGACCUUGCGAGCAGCUGCUCUUCGAAUGCCGUCGUCGCCAACGGCAAGGACGUUGAGAUACUUCUGCCGACCAGCAGCUAGUCCCUAGGAGGGGGGCUCCACAUUUGACAUUCCAUCAGAUUUCGUCCAAGAGCUCAGAGUCAAACAUUGAGUCAGAUCAUGUUAUUUAUUUUGAUAGUAGCUGAAAUCAUCUGUAUAAUACAUUUAGUGUAUUACACCUUUUUGUAUUUUUUUAAGUAGAAACUGAGUAGUGUGGAUUUUUAUGACUCACCUCUUUGUACUAUAAAGCUAGACGGGCACCUCAAAGAUGUCUCAAGCUCAGCAGGCACCAUUGUGUUGUGAUGAAGAAAGCUAAUUGAUUACCAGGUGGUGACUUGCUGUCUAUUUGGGGACUAGAAUCACUCGACACUCAUUUUGAAUUAUGCAGAAGUGGUUCAUGCGGAUUUUUAUUCCAGAUCCAGACAAACAUGUUUUAAAAAGUGCCUGAAAUAAGACUGCCACGUGAAUGUGAUUCUGCAGCAAAAACACAAAACAGCUCGUUUAGUUGCAGAAAAUGAGAUCCUCUGAAUUCUGAAUGUUAAAAACCAACUCUGCUUUUUAAUCCUCUCUUACUGUUUUUAAUGCUACAAGCUUUGUGUUCAGAAACAAGGCUGCCUAAGUAGAAUGGGAAUCCUAAAGGUCGAGUGAACUUACAACAAAGCUGAACUUUGUAGAACCCGUGAGAAACCCUCCUGAGCAUUAAGCAGCUGGGUGCUGACUUUCUUGUACUUUUGAAAAAAUAAGUCACUCCCAGUCUCCUGCAUAAAUUCUUGACUAGAACGAAAUCACAUCUCCAUUCAAAACAACUGUCUUCAGGCAUCUACUGUUGAGUAAGGAACUUGUGAUUCCAAUCACUAUUACUUGAAUAGGAACUGUUUACUCAUUCUGUAUAAAAGUUUUGCAACAGAAUGAGAUCUUUAUUCUGUAAACAAAAAGCAAUAACUUAAAAUUCACUCUCUUUGUAAUAGUAUAAGUCAGAAUUACAUAGGUUUUACCAAAUUGUUACACUUAUCCUCCAAGCUGCCAGCACUUGGUGUCUGUAUGUGUGGAACCAAAUUAACUUUUGUCUAAAUGGAAGUAUACAUAUGUCUGUAUAGAUACACACCCCUUUACAUGUUUAACAUACACCCACUUAACACACAACCAUUAGUGUAAUUAUAUCUUUGGAAUUUGCAAUAUAGCAUAAAGGAUGAGUGGAAAUGCGUGUUAAGAUUACCUACCAAAGCAACUAGAUGUGGCUGGGACCCAGUCAAUCAAAGGUGGAAUCCUGUCCCCAAGGAGGUAGGGGAAUUCCAGAUGAAGGCAGGUCUUCAGCAUCAUAAAAAGGCUGAGCCAAACCAACCCCAGUGUCACAGAACUCAGUUGGCCAUGUAAAUGAGUGAAACAGGUCACUCAGUUGCGUGUGAGACAGCUGGGACUGUAGGGACUAGCAAACCAAAUGCCCAAGCCCUGUUUCAAAGGUCCUCCCCUGUUCAGCUCCAGCUGCUUGCUGCCGUUCAAGAAUGCCAGACCUGGCUUACCAGCUCCUCAGAUUUUUAUGAAAUCCAGACUUUCAUGAGAAACAUUCUCAUUUUUAAAUAUCAAGACCUGAUUCAAAAAAAAAAAAAAAUUUAAACACUUCUGCGGAUGGAUUUCAUCCACAAGCUACCAAGUUGCAACCUCUUCCAUUCUAGAAACUUCUGCCAUUUCCAUCAUAGCACGUUUGUGAAAAUUAAAGCCUCCAGACUUUCCAACUUGCAGGCUAAUAGGGCCAACAAAGUCCAUAAAAUAUCAUUGAAGCAGGACCUGGUUUGCACCCCCACGGUAGAGGCCUGUCGGUGUCCCUGGCCUCACCUUUCCUUGACCUACCUAUAACUUAACAAUAGAUCAACUCCCUGUGGCUGGAGCACAGAAUGUCCCCUGCCCCAUCCUGUUCCCUGUUUUAGAAAAUUACCCUGAAACUUAUGAUUAAUACCCUUAGGCUUAUUGAUCACAAUCUCUAUGGUCCAGCAUUCUUUCCAGGCUCCUGUCAUUGUUGCUGGGUUGCUGAUGCCACAGAGAGCCAUGCAGACCCCGGAACCCCCAGUAGCCUCUGGAGGAACGCCCAGGUUUUCCCUUCAAUACACGGAGCCGGUCUGAGAAUGUGAAGGUGUCAACCCGCUGCUUCUCAGACCACCGGUGCUCUGAUAAUAAACACUUACUCUAUGGCCCAACUCCUGUGUGGGUCUAUUGGCUGAGUGGUGCAGGCAGCACGAGCCCCGGACUCGGUCGGCCUCUGGUUUCAUAAUAACUAUCUCCCUCUUCCAAACAAGACUGCCACAGCCUGCUCCAACAUGGUGGUUAUGGGAUUUGUGGCCACAGGGAUGGAGAGGCCUUGGGGUCCUCACAUACAUUCUAGCCAACAUCUAUCCAGCAACCCCUGACGUCCUCCUGUCAUUUAAAUCUAUUUCUUAAUCCAGUGUCCUCGAGUCAGUGGAGGGAAGGCGUGAUGGAAAUUAAUGUCGACGUCACAAUGAAGUAUAUUGGUGUCUCCACAGCUUAUAGUUAGAUUAAGGCAAUACCAUCAAAAAGUAAAAACUAGUAAUGCCCCAGAGAGUCUACCAAAUGAUGAAGGGGACAUCUUAAACUGUCCAAAGCAAUCAUGCACUGAACUUGAUUCCCAUGCAAAGCCAAAUGAAUGGUGUUGAAAUAGUAGCAGGACUUUGUAAACGGGAGGGGGGCCACAGUCCGUGUUUGUUCUUACCUCUCUUGCUUUAAAUGGUAAUCUUAAAAGUUGCAUUGUGCUCUUCCUUUGUUUUGGCAUAGAUAACUAUAUAUAGAGAGAGAUACUAUAAGGAGGUUUAUUUCUUAGGAAGUGCACUAAAUAAUGUAUUUCUUUUACAGUGUAAUAUGGGGGUGGGGAAAUGAAAAAGAAAGGUGUAUUUUUGCUAGUUGCCUAUCUUCUGAGAUAAAUAAGCACAAUACUGCAAUGGAUCCAAUAAUCCAGUUAGGUAUUAUAGAUUAGUAUUUAAGUUGACUGUAGAUCGUGUGUGUGCUAAGUAAAAGUUCCAUGAUUCACAGUUUUGGUGUUAAGCCAUGUUGUGAAAGAGAAGUUACUGGUCAACACGUUGUAAUGAUGUGCAACACGUAACACAAGCAUUAACUUGUUGUUAACAUUUGUAAAGCAAAUUCACCGUGCAGAAGCCUUCAUCCAUUUUUAUAGCAGAUUACAUUAAAACAAGUUAAAUCAUACUGUCUGGGGGAAAAAUAGUCUUGUUUGUACAAAGUGAAGAAUGUUGCACAAGAGGGCCUGAUUUGUUGGAGAAGGAGCAAGUGGUGUGGAGGGAGCAUUUGUUGGAGCCUCUAAAAACCAAACGAAGUCAGUGCCCCAUGCAGGUCAGACCCCACACGGAGCUGGGACAUUGCUUUUCUUUAGAACCUUUGAGCUGAAAGGAGCCUUCGCAAUAUCCAGUCUAAUUUUUAAACCACAUGGGGGUUUGGACCUUUUGAGAAUCUAAGAAGAGCUAGAGUAUCCCCAGAAAAGUGGAUACCAUGUUUCCCCAAAAAUAAGACCAGAUCUUAUAUUAAUUUUAGCUCCAAAAGACGCAUUAGGGCAUAUGUUCAAGGGAUGUCAUCCUGAAAAAUCAUGCUAGGGCUUAUUUUCCAGUUAGGUCUUAUUUUCGGGGAAACGCGGUAUGCUUAUAUGUAAAUGUGGUUGAUGGCUUCUGGGGGAGCCGCUGUGACAAGGAUUGCUGCUCUGGGUCUGCCCGCAUUUUACGAAUGACUAAUGCGUCCCUUGUCUCCUAGUCAGGUGCUGUCGCUGAUUCAUUGUUAGUAAAUGCAAGUUAUAGCCAGACAUAAGCACUUGAAAAUCCUUUAAUGUACAGAAAGAUGUUCCAACAGUGUGGAUGUUUACACAUCUUAAUUUUCCAGCAUUUAAGCCAAUUAAUGAU